AUGCCGGUCAAAGGAGGCACCAAGUGCAUCAAGUACCUGCUCUUCGGCUUCAACUUCGUCUUCUGGCUUGCUGGGAUUGCAGUCCUUGCCAUUGGACUAUGGCUCCGAUUCGACUCUCAGACGAAGAGCAUCUUCGAGCAAGAAAAUAGUCAAGCCAGCUUCUACACAGGAGUUUAUAUUCUGAUUGGAGCUGGUGCCCUCAUGAUGUUGGUGGGUUUCCUGGGCUGCUGUGGGGCUGUGCAGGAGUCCCAGUGCAUGCUGGGAUUGUUCUUUGUCUUCCUCUUGGUGAUAUUUGCCCUUGAAGUAGCUGCAGCCGUCUGGGGAUAUCAGCACAAAGAUGAGGUGAUUAAGGAACUCCAGGACUUUUACACGGACACCUACAGCAAGCUGAAAAACAAGGACGAGCCCCAGCGGGAAACACUGAAAGCCAUCCACAUCGCGUUGAAUUGCUGUGGUGUGGCUGGGGGAGUGGAACAAUUCAUCUCGGACAUCUGCCCCCAGAAGGAUAUACUCACAUCCAUCUCCGUGAAGUCCUGCCCUGAGGCCAUCAAAGAGGUCUUCCACAACAAGUUCCACAUCAUCGGCGCUGUAGGCAUCGGGAUCGCCGUGGUGAUGAUCUUUGGCAUGAUCUUCAGUAUGAUCCUGUGCUGUGCUAUCCGAAGAAACCGAGAGAUGGUCUAG